AUGUCGCACCUGUACUACGAGGGCCACUGCCUUGACCUCUGGCACUCGUUUAGUACUCUGCGCGCCCCAAAGGCUGUCCGCGCAACGGAGGACGCAAAGGUCAUUCAAGCCCAACAUGCAGAGCUCUUUUCUGAGUUGGACAAGGAUGGUGAUGGAUUCCUGUCCUUGGAGGAGCUCCAGGCGCACUUGGCUUCGCAGAAGAUUCCAGCUGAGCCAGGGCAACGCUUUGGCACACCCUGGCCAAGGUGGUUCUAUACAGAGGACUACUUCUACGAUUGGCGGCCAGCUGCAGAUGAGGUCGGCAGGCGGCAGCGGCUUGACAUGGAGGCGGAGCUGCUGCGUUUCCGCACAGAGGACACGCUGGAGUACCUGGACAGCAGCCCGCCUGAUGGCCACGUCUCCGAGCAAGAGCUCCUGCAAGCCAUGCUGCAGUGGCAUGUGGUGCACGCGCGCUUCGCGGCCACAAGGGCUCGGAAGAAGAGCGCGCACAAGACGGAGGCUGAGUUUGCCGCGAGGUAUCGCGCGCAGCGAGAACCUCGCGCAGAGCUCUGA